AUGGUAGAUAAGAUCAACCAUGGUCCCGUUAUCAGAUUAGUCCAACGCCAUUGUGUAACUAAUUACCUUCAACAUGGAUGUGUUGAUGGAAGCAAGGUUACAUAUCUUGACUACACCAAUCAAUCUUUGGAACCAAGGCGUAUCGAUGUACCCGAAGAUGAGAUUUCUCAGCUUAUAAAGACAUCACCAUCCGGUUCGACGCGACUUGUCUUUGUUGAGAAUAAUUCGCCCGGAAUCCUUAUACUCCUUGGAGAGAAGCUAGAUAUUGACCCUUUGUUCUUUGCAGACUACAUCCAUGUUAGUUUUGAGAAUCCAGCAGAGUCAUCACCGCCUCCGUCACUAGCAACCCUACCGUCAGCCAUAACAACAAGAGAUCAUAUUCUUCUUCACUGCCAGAAAGUCAUUGCUCUCGAGGGAACAGAUGAUGAGCUGAAGACUGUUCCAUAUUCUUUGAAAACGGAGUCGAAUGUUCCGUGUAAUAUCCGACGGUUGGGCACUCUUCCUGGUGGACAACUGGCCCUAUCGCAAACGUGUUGUUCUUCCACCAUCAGGAAGAUUGGAGACAUACGUAUCUGUCUAUUCCUCGUGGACCCUCCUGUUACAUCUGUUAUUCGUUCACUUGGUGAAGAUCAGACAUCAAAGUACGAAGCCCGUACUUCACAUGGUGUUUUUGAAGACUUCCGAGCACCGGAGUCCUUUUCUGCUUUCAAUAAAUCUCCCUCUGGUGACACCUGGGAUAAGACAUCAAUGAUAAAAAACAUCAUACACUACCUCCAGGCUUGUCCACCGCCGGGAUUAGACAUGAGUCACUUGACCCCUCCGAGUAUACCAAGUAUUGGUUACUACCCUAUCUAUAUUACCUUAUCCGAACGGAACAUCUAUAACCACCUGACAAGUCGGCGUUCUAAGCACUAUGAGUACUCAGACCAGCUCAAAGCAAGCCAUUUGCACGAUAAAGUCCUGGUAGAUCUCCAGCGCUGGAAAAGACGCAGCAAGAGCGGCCACCGGAAACUGAACAUCCUAAGGGACGUUAUCAGCUCUCAUAUCCUACCAAGUGACGAUCCACUAGUCUGGAAUGGCGCCCUUCAAGAUAUCAACUAUCUUCGUGAGCAACUUCGCGAUUACACUCAAUCUUUUGAGCAGAUGGUCGUGGUAGCGACAUCGCUCGUCCAACUUCUCGACUCCCGACGUUCGAUGUUGGAAGCUAUCAAUACGAAGCGGUUGACAUUCCUUGCACUUUUCUUCGUGCCCUUAGCAUGGGUAUUGAGUCUUUUCAGUAUGUCCGAUGUGUAUGUCCCUGGCCAUGAUCUAUUCUGGGUCCAUUUUGCUACUGCAUUGCCGGUACUCGCCGUCGUGCUCUUACUCUGUAGAGUGUUAUAA